AUGAAGUUCUCCAACAUCGCCGCUCUGGGCUUCGCAGGCUGUGCCCUCGCCCUGCCCACUCCGGCCGAAGAGAGCCAGGGCCUCGACCUGCCCUUCUCUCUGCCCUUCCCUCUGCCCACCGGCUUGCCAACCGACCUGCCCAUUCCUUCCGGCUUGUCUGGCCUGCUCCCCUCGGGCUUCCCGACUGACCUGCCAUUGUCUAUCCCCACCGGCCUCAUUCCCUCUGGCCUCCCUCUCGAGAAGCGCCAGGGCCUGGGUGACCUGCCUUUCUCGAUCCCUACCGACCUGCCCUUCUCGCUGCCGACGGGUAUCCCGACUGAUCUGCCGUUCCCGUUGCCGUCGGGCCUGCUUACCGGGCUUCCUACGGGCCUGCCGACUGGUCUGCCUCCGUUCCCUGGGUCCCCGUCCGCGUCCGCGUCCCCGACUCCGACCCCGUCUCCCUCUUCCUCUGCGGUCCCGAGCAGCACGCCUACCCCGAAGCCGACUAGCUCGGCGGUCCCUUUUGCUGCCUAA